UGUUUCAUGAUAACUGCUGUGGGAAGGUGGGGACAAUAUUCGGUAUGUCGCCCAAUUGGUUUCUUGGGCGGGGCGACAGCGUGGACAGCCCAAUGCGGCGCGACUUCACCCUUGCCCCUCUGCCAUUUGAAAGCGAAGCGUAAAUCCUCGAACCUGAACGCGUCAACGCGGGAGUUGAUUUCGACAAAGCGAGGCAGUAUCUUUUUUCAAGAUGCCUAUGUACGGGGACUUGGGCAACAAACUGGUCCAACAUGCCAAACGGACACAGAAUUUGACGCAUCUACCGCCAUAUCAAACUGAGCUUGUCCGUGCUGUAACGCGAGAGGUCAGGGAUCUAGACAAGGACGUGGCCAGCUUGCUCGAGCCAUUCCAAGGGUCAUUUGACCCAUCCGCGGACCAGGCUACGGCGUGCACGCUUUUGGUCAACCACCUGUCCAUGCGCAGGAAUAAGCGUUGCCUUCUUGCCUAUCACCGUACGCGUACCGACAAGCUGGAGGAGCUGGUUUGGAACGGAUCUGACGUCCUCGAUCUUGCCGGCCAACAAGCAGGCGGCGUUAACGGCGCUGCUGCGGACAGCGGGGCUAGCAGCAGUCUCAGCCCACAGGAAGAGGACUAUUUUCGACAAUACGGGGACCUAUUGGCUGCCUACAAGGGGCAAUGGACAGAUAUCGAUUUAACGGGAAGCCUCGAGCCCCCAAGAGAUCUGUUCAUCGAUGUGCGGGUGCUGAAAGAUGCGGGAGAGAUCCAAACGGAAUACGGCGCUAUUAACUUGACGAAGAAUAGCCAGUUCUAUGUCCGACAAGGCGAUGUGGAACGCUUGAUAGCCCAAGGCUACCUCCAAAAGCUUGGUUGAAGCCCCCGCUCAAGAACGCGGUCACGCCUCAAGAGAGACCUCCCACGUGAAAAGACGAGGCACAGAGGAGUCGGCGACGAAGGGCGAAAGUCCACAACGACGCCGGCCAUUCUCGAGCCAUCACCCCCACGGGAUCGUCAGUCCCAAUGGGUGGUCAUGCGAGACCAAGGAGCAGCUGAUGAAAGCUCGCGUCAC